GCAUAGUUAAUAAAUUUUUUUAUACUUCAAUUAACCCUUUUUGGCAACUGUUUAUUUCCGCUCCAGCGAAAUUUCACGUUAAUUUUAAAAACUUUUGGACAAAAUGGACUUAGGAAGGUUUACUGGAGGUGGUGGUGAUGUCGACAGGAUGCGAUUAAAUAACCAAAAUGUCCCAGAUUAUUAUGACCUGCCCUUAGUUGGUGGAUUAUACAUAACAUUUUUAUAUCCAGAAGUGCAACUGGAGGUUCAGCAUAAAUUUGAGGAUGAUGUUCGUUCUCAUCAUAAUCGCCUUAGACGCCAAAUGAGUAUUCCGGAUUGUGCUUUUGAUCCUACUCAUGAUCGUACAUUUUUAGACCAUGAAGGUGUACUGCAUAGUCUUUUUACACCACUAACUUUUAGCCCAGAAUUUAUACGUAAUAAUCGUUUGAAGCAUUUAAAUUUUCAGAGACGCCUCGACAUUUUAGUCAAAAAAUCAUUUCUGAUACGAAAUACUGAAAUAGUCAAAAUGGUACACGGGAUGGAAAAGGACAAAUUUAGAACAAUUUAUGUUUGCGUGCUUACUCCAGUACUUGGUUUUCUGGCUUGGUACCUGUGGUGAUGCUGUGACCUAAAUUGUUUUCUUUUUCUAAGCCUCUAUUGCUGCUUUUACAUACAAUAAUAGUUGAAAUAUUAAAUAAGAAAAUCUUGAAAAAAUUAUUAAUUAUAAAUUG